UGUACGCUGCGGGUGGAGCCCUGGGGGUGAACAAGAAUACCCCUCGUAUCCCCCAGGCCCCGCCGACUCUUUAUUACUCCCCUACUCCUCCAACUUUCCUCCUCUCCCCUCUCUCGCUUCCUUUUCCUCGCCACUCGUUGUACAUCUCUCUCAUCAUGGACCAACAGAUCUUGGAAGGCUCCCAGAAGCACCCUCAGCCGGGCAAGGUGUUCCAGUAUGGCACCGCUGGUUUCCGCAUGAAGGCGGACCUUCUGGACUCCGUCGUCUAUCGCGUCGGUCUGCUGGCUGCCCUCCGCUCGAGGAAGCUCAAUGGCCAGACCAUUGGUGUCAUGAUCACCGCGAGCCACAACCCUCCCGAGGACAACGGUGUCAAGCUCGUGGACCCUAUGGGUGAAAUGCUCGAGGCUUCUUGGGAAGCUCAUGCCACGACCCUUGCCAACGCCGAGACCGACGAGUCGCUCGUCGAGACCUACAACAAGCUCGCCGCAGACCUGAAGGUCAAGCAGGAUACUCCUGCGAGAGUCAUCUUCGCCCGCGACACUCGCGCUUCUGGUUCGAGGCUUGCAGGCUGCUUGGUGGAUGCCCUGAACGCGACCGGCACCGAAUUCACCGACUACAAGUUCCUCACGACCCCUCAGCUGCACUACCUUGUCCGCUGCGUCAACACCAAGGGCACGCAGUACGAGUAUGGCGAGGUCAGCGAGAAGGGUUACUACGAGAAGAUCGGUGCUUCGUUCAGGAAGGCGAUCAAGCACCGCCAGCCGUUGCUUGACGACAGUGGCAACACUGUCGAGGACAAGGGUGUCAUUGUUGACUGCGCUAACGGUGUUGGUGGACCCAAGCUGAGGGAGCUGGUCAAGUACCUGCCUGGCCCCAACGAGAAGGGCGUCAAGAUUCAGAUCGUCAACGACGAGGUCCACAAGCCCGAGACGCUGAACUCGCAGUGUGGUGCCGACUUUGUCAAGACGGGCCAGAGGGCUCCUCCCUCGUCGAAGGCCGACCCUCUUGUGAGGUGUGCGUCUCUCGACGGCGAUGCUGACCGUGUUGUCUACUACUUCAACGACAAGGACGGCAAGUUUAACCUCCUCGACGGCGACCGCAUUGCUACGCUCGCUGCCUCUUUCAUUGGCGACCUCGCCCGCCACGCCGGUCUUGCGGACCAGCUGAAGGUCGGUGUUGUCCAGACUGCCUACGCCAACGGCGCCAGCACGAAGUACAUCACCUCCGGCCUGAACCUGCCCGUUGUGUGCACUCCCACCGGCGUCAAGCACCUCCACCACGCCGCGCUGCGCUUCGACAUCGGUGUUUACUUCGAGGCCAACGGCCACGGCACUGUCGUCUUCUCCCCGUCCGCGCUCAAGACCAUUGAGAAGCACGAGCCGCAGUCUCCGGCUCAGCACGAGGCUCUCGAGACUCUGCAGGCUCUCACCGACCUCAUUAACCAGACGGUCGGUGAUGCCCUGUCGGAUUUGCUCCUUGUCGAGGUCAUCCUCGCUCACAAGAAGUGGGGUCCUCCCGAGUGGCUCCACACGUACAACGACCUGCCGAACCGCCUUGUCCGUGUUGAGGUCAAGGACAGGAACCUUUUCAAGGCCGUGGACGCGGAGAGGAAGCUGGAGAGCCCUGCCGGCAUCCAGGACGAGAUUGAGAAGCUUGUUGGCAAGUACAAGCAGGGCCGCUCGUUCGCGCGCGCUUCUGGUACGGAGGACGCGGUGCGCGUGUAUGCCGAGGCGGAGAGCAGGACUGAGGCCGACGACCUUGCGCAGAAGGUCGCGGCUCUGGUGAAGCAAUUUGGUGUUUAAACGGCCGUUCGCAAUGAUAAUGCGAUAGACGAUUGUAGACGUUCACUGGCCGACGGCACUGAGUCCGUACAUACAUAGCCAUUAGAUAGCUAUGAAUUCAGCAUAUCGUAAAAGU